AUGAACACAGGUAUGGGGAGGUCGAUAUGUAUGUGGGUGACAGUCACAAUGUUCACCCACACUACUGAACAAACACCAUCUGUCCUUUACUCCACGUCUGCCACGCCUCCUGCCGUCCAUGCUCAGCAGCACUACGGCGGGCAUAUGAGGAACCCACUAGUGAGAGACUACUACCCCAUCGAGUGGAGGGUGAUAGCUGAGGAACGCUCGCUACACCCAGUCAACCUGACCGAGCUGGAGGUCGUACGAGGGCUGGAGGCUGGCACCUUCCUGCUCCGGGUGGUGAUAAACAAACAACAGAUCCAGGUGUACAGGGACCACUCUUUGGUGUACGAGAAGGAAGAUUCCUCUACACAAAUGUUCCUCAGUCACUCUGGUAUUCACUUGCUGGUGCUUCAUCCUACACGAGGAGACGUGAUGCUCGCCAUGCAGUUCCUCACCCACCAGCCCGCGGAGCACCGCAACCUGGCAGCCUGUCUCCGUACUCUCAUGCCUGGCCGUCUCCUAGUGGUAGCUGCUGUGCCCGACGCCGCGACGUUUCUGGCCGAGGAUGCCGUGUUGGGUCUGGAGGCUAUGGGAGCUUCUAGGAUACGUAACCUCGCGGCCUUCGAGGCUUGGGCCAUAGUAACCCACACGCCCACCAGUACCCACACGCCCUCCCUACGCGACUACAUGCCUUCCCACUCCUACACGUCUUCCAACAACAGAAGUAAUAACAGCACUGGUCCUUCAAGACACCCACAGGAAGAAACAUCUCCCUCACAGGAGGUCUCGCGAGGUCGGGUGUGGGGCGAGGCCGUGACCACCAUCCGUAGACCAGACGGUAUAUUCGGUUAUCCGCUCAGUAUGGAUACCCGCGUCCCCAAAGUGUCAGGUGUGUGGUGUAAGUGGCACGAGGACCCACACUUGCAGGAACAACGGGAGUUCUGUGACACAUACGAAGGAUACGUAACACUGUGUACCUGUGUCCACCCUGUCACCGCCUCCGUCAGACACUCCGCAGUGAGUCUACCUACCUCCCACUCACCUAACGCUAUCCAGUUCGUGGUAUUUUUCUAA